ACAUCGAAGCUAGAGCGAUUGUGAUGUAAAGUGAGAUGUAAAGGGCACGUAACGUAAAUAAAUAUAGUAAACAGACUGUCAGCAAGCUGGCUAAGGUAGAAUUGAACUGAUUACAAAUUUGAAAACGAUAUAUUUCUGGGCAAAAUGUUAUCCUCCUUAGUAAAGGAACAUCAGAGCAAGCAAGCUUCACGCAAAGAGAGGCAAGAGCAGAAACGAAAGGACGCUAUUGCAGCAGCUAACAAUUUAACUCAAGCGCUAGUGGACCAUCUUAAUGUGGGUGUUGCUCAAGCAUAUCUAAAUCAGAAACGGUUGGAUGCUGAAGCUAAACAUCUUCAUCAUAAUGCAACGAAUUUUGCAAAGCAAACACAGCAAUGGCUAAAUUUAGUCGAAAACUUUAAUGGAGCCUUAAAAGAAAUUGGUGAUGCUGAAAACUGGGCAAGGAGUAUAGAAAAUGAUAUGCGUACUAUAACUGCUGCUCUUGAGUACAGUUUUAAAGUGUCACAAGAAACACCCCCAUCAUGAUCAGAUCUUAAGCUUUUCCUAUACUGUUGAUCAAGGUCUUGAAGUACCUUCCCAUGGAAGUUAUAUCAACUCGCCGACAGUCGUCCUAUUUGAAGUAAAGUAGGAUGACGUUUCUGGCCUCAUACCCAAGUGGCAUGACAAAAUUUAUCUAUCUUACGUCUCAAAGUCAAAACUAUUUGUAAAGUGCCCUAAAUGUUCUUAAAGAGGAACAGUUCUGUUAAUGUGUAGUGUUUUCUGAUUUAACAUUGUAAUCAAAAACAAAGCACUAAUUAUGUAAAAUAUAUUUACUUUCAAAUUUA